AUGUCGGAUCUAAAGCACUCAUUUGCCGCUUUCUUUUGUCUAGUUUCUUCAAAAGAAAGUCGAACCAGCCGAUUGGUCAGUCUGGUUAACGAAGCGGAGAGAUGCAGAGAGAACUUGACCACGUGUGUCCUCAACACGGCUGCCAGUGGUAGUCUGUCUACAGCUCUGUUGAAGGAAAAGGAACGGCAGCUGACACUAUGGCAACGGCGGCUCCGCCUCUUGAAGCGGAUGCGAGAUGGGUUUGAACGAAUCAGGCCUCCAGAUCCUCCAAAGCACGUGCAGUUAGAAGUUGUAGGAACCAGAGCUCUUCGGAUCAAAAUCAGCGAGUCUGAUACGACUAAUGAUGCCCACAGUGUUGUAACGAAAUACAAAGGUGAGAUUUACUACGUAGAUAAACAUGUGAAAACUAAAAACAUUAAGCCUGACCUUCAGCGACUGGAGGUCACUAUUCCCGAUCUGACCCAGGGAAGACCCUACUAUGUAAGAGUGGCCGCAGGAAAUGCUAAAGGCUUCAGCUCCUUCCAAACAACCUCUCCACCUUUUGGUGUGCCCUCUAGUUGGAAAGAUGUAGAAAAAAAAAGCACUCGAGGAAUUGGAAAACUUAAAGAAUUGGAGAACAUUUUUCAUCAAGUUAUCAAUUUUAGACCUGCUCACGCUGCAGAAAUUAAAGGAGUGUUGGACCAACCAAUAGAUACACCUUAUCAGCAGAGACGUCAAGUAAGAAGGAGCAUAAAGCAUCUGUUCACGUCAGCCCCGAGAUUUCAGAAAACUCUUAAAAGGGGAGUCCAUCUGGCUUGUCUCUUCUACAACGAAGAUAAGGUUCUUGUAACGACAGAGGAACUACUUCCUGUCGUGGAAGUGGACGAGGGUUACCCAUCUUCUCUGCAGACAGACUUUUACUGGUUGAUGAAGGUUGCCUGUACAUGGGAAGACAUCAAAACACUACGACAAGACAUGGAAAAGCCACAAAGUUCUUCUGUUCUGCACUUCCGGAGUAAAUUGCUUCAAGCCAUUGAACAAAUGCAGAUGGCGCUAGGUGUUCAAGACCUUGGAAAGUUAUAUUAUAAGCCGAUCAAAGACAGUAAAAGAAUUGUCGUCUUAAGUACAGUAAAGUACAUCUCCGAUCCCAAGAAAAUCACUAGCUUGUCGGUGCGGUGGCUCCCCCUAUCGAAGAUCCUGAGAAAACAUCCAACUGUGAAUCCCAGUGACGGAGGAGAGACGCCACGUGUUAGCGAGUUGUUGUUAUCAUCAACACAGCAUCUGAUUAGCUAUAGUGAAGAAAGUACAGCACCUCUAUCACGUGGACUGUACGUGGGUUAUGUAAAGCUCAAGAGUUCGGUUGAUGUGAUCAGGGUGUUAGCCCCACGAAGAGCUCCGAAUGUACUUCCUUUCAGCCGUAUUAGGGAGAAUCCCCACGUGUCUAGGGAGGAGUGGGAAUGGAUAAAAGCUCUGAAAUCACAAAGAAAUUCUGCUGCGCCAUCUACCGUUCAACUUAAAUUUCAAAAGGCAAUUUCGUCGGCAGUUAGGACUCUAUUUUCCUCUUACGACAUUCCGUUCGAAGAAAUAGGCUUACACAGGCUAUACGAUAUUGAUGUUAUCGAGUUCAGUCCCAACGUUUCUUUUAUCUUGGUGCUGCCACCUGUUGAGAACAUUUGUUCUGUGCCAGGUCAGUAUGAUGAGCUAACGUCUCGUAUGGAUUGUAUGCCUCUACCCAUCCAAGUGUUUGAAAUGCUAAAUAUGACAACUUACGAGAGUAACUUCAUCGCCAACUACUCUCGACUCUCGUCAAUCCUCGAAAUGGACACGCUGAUGGCACAGCACGCACAGAGAGAGGCCUUCUUCACGUAUGAAGUUGUAUCGGCCAAAGAAAGGUUGUGUCAGCUCCAAAUGUUCCAGACCCAAAUAGACAACAUUUGGAAAGAUGUCCGCUGGAUCAUGGAUGUCCUCACGUUCGCAAGAGACAAGCAAGUUAAUGGGGGAGUCCCUCUCAGCCAUAUUUAUCUACAUCGAUGUGGUUCUCCAUCCCCAAAACAGUCCCCCGUUAAACUGCCCCCAGGUUCCACUUACUCAACACGAAGUCCCCGAAAUGAGGCGUUUUCGCUGCGCAUGACGGCGUCAUCUUCAAAUUUUUCCAUUUCAGGAUCCAAGAAACCUGACACAAAGGGAAUGAGACGGACUUACUCAGCAUCCAAACUCUUGCAUGGGUCAGAUUCUGUUGAUCUGGAUGUAAAUUUGAGUCAGUCGACAAGUCUUGGCCCUAAGGCCAGCAGUACUGAAACAGUUGGAGUUAGUUUCAGUCUUGGUUCCCAGGGUGAUUUGACGUCAUUGGCUUCUCAUAAAUCAAGGGUUGUACAGCAGAAGAAAUAUGUCAGUAUCAAAGUAAAAAUACUGUAGUCGAAUAACAAGAUUCAAGUUUAUAAAUAUUUGUAAACAACAUGAAAUAUACGACUUUUAAAAACCACCUGCAUUCACCUCCCACCUCGAGGUGGGGUGGGGGCCCCUGGAAAUGAAUACUUACAAAAGUCGCUUUUGAUCUGAAAGUUGUGUUUUCAAUUGUCAAUACAACCCAGAAAAACGUACUUAACCAAGGAGGAGUCUGUAACAACGUACUUAACCAAGGAGGAGUCUGUAACAACGUACUUAACCAAGAAGGAGUCUGUAACAACGUACUCAACCAAGGAGGAGUCUGUAACAACGUUUAAAACGACGUUCUGUUUCAUAGACCAAUUACCUGGAAUUGUUACACAGAAAACCUAGCGAGAUAAGGCACUUAAUGAAUGGAAGUUGUUACACAGAAAACCUAGCGAGAUAAGGCACUUCAUGAAUGGAAGUUGUUUU